AUGCCAUUGAAAGCAAUCAUGGAAACCGUUCUUAUCGUCGGAGCUACUGGAAACAUCGGCGUCUCAGCCGUCAUGGCCGCCUUGCGCUCUAAGCGUAACGUCCUGGCCGUUGUCCGCAACAAGAACUCGGCAGACAAGCUCGUGAAAUACAUUGGGUCUGCGGCGGGAAUCACUUUCGCUGAAGCGGAUGGUACCUCAGACUCCGGGGUCAAGGGUGUUGUUGAUCAAGUCCGUGCAGGAAAGCUUCCGGCUUUCCAGCAUGUCUUUUCCAGCUUUGGUGGCGAAUACGCCGAAACUCCCCUCCAGGAGAUCACCACCGAGCAGCUGCGUCGCAACAUGAACGCCUCCUUCGAGGCUAAUUUUUUCGCCUAUCGGGAUACCAUUGGCUAUCUGCUGGAGCAGAAUAACCCCGAGAGCACCUGGACGAUUUGUACGGGGGCGCAGGGCGAUCUAGCUUUGCGCCCAGUACCGGCCAUGACGCAGGGUGCCUUGUUCUCCUUCGCUACGGCCGCUGCUCGUGAGAACGAGGCUACGAAUGUCCGUUUCAAUGAGCUCUAUCUUAGCUUCCGAGUUGAGGUGGAUGAGAGUGCCGUGGAGCAUGGGGUCACCAAGGCAUCGUACUUUGCCAAUGUCUACGAGUUGAUGCUCGCCACUCCUGAAGUCCGCAGCUCGCGGGUCAGGGUCGAUGAUGUGGAUGAUAUUAAGAAGUUGAAGAUUCAGAAGAAGUUCUAG